AGAGCCUGAGCCCAAUGGAGAAUUUUGCAUGAGAAAAUGCACCUUUAAAUGUUUAGUCAGACAUCAACUAACUUCUGAAAAUUGCGGGAGUUAUAAACUAAAUCUCAGUCAAACAGUUAAUAAAAGACGACCCAUAUUUCCCGGUCAACGAAAUCCGUACUUCAUUCCAUCUCCAUUCAGUUUUGUAUUAUAUCAUUUGCUCUUUUGUCCCCAAAUCAAUCUCUGUUUGUCCUGAUCCUGACGAGAACCAUAAUAUGUUUUCUUGGGCCGCACUCAGAAAAUCAUCACUAUCUAUUGCCUAUAAUCAGCGGCUGAGCCUCACUCGUCCAUGUCUCAGCCAAUCUCAAAGCUUCACCUCAUCCUCCUUCGGUGGUGGAUUCGGGUAUAGUGAUCAGAAUAAGAGCGGAGAAACAUUGUUGAAACAAUUCAGAUCAUUCUCUUCUAAGAUUGUCGUGGCUGGCUCAAUAAGUUUGGGUUUUUUGUGUUGGUUUUCCACGCCAAACGUGUUCGCUGAUUCUCCUAAAGAGGCAUGGGCAGAAGAUUACGACCAACUUCGACAUUCAGUUCCCCAGAAGAAUAGGAAGUUUCUGUUCGGAGAUGCAUACAGGAGAAGAAUUUUUUUCAAUUACGAAAAACGGUUAAGACUGCAGAGUCCUCCAGAAAAGGUAUUCCAGUACUUUGCAUCUUUUCAAAGCAAUGCGGGAGAGGUACUUAUGACACCUGCAGACUUGAUGCGAGCAGUUGUUCCUGUAUUUCCUCCAUCUGAAUCUAAUCGUGUUAGAGAGGGAUUCCUAAGAGGGGAAAGGGUUCCUGGCGAGUUACACUGCGCUCCUUCCAAAUUUUUCAUGCUUUUCGACACUAACAAUGAUGGACUGAUAUCUUUUCCAGAGUACAUCUUUUUUGUUACACUUCUCAGCAUUCCUGAAUCAAGCUUUUCUGUAGCUUUUAAAAUGUUUGACCUAAACAACAACGGAGAAAUAGACAGGGAGGAGUUCAAGAAAGUGAUGAAUUUGAUGCGAUCACAAAACAGACAGGGUGCCGGCCACCGGGAUGGACGGCGAGUCUGGUUCAAAGUUGCGGAACCUGUGGAGAACGGGGGCCUGGUGGAGUACUUCUUUGGUAAAGAUGGCAAGACAUGCCUACAACAUGAAAGAUUUGUCCAAUUUUUAAGAGACUUGCAUGAUGAAAUUCUACGAUUGGAGUUUGCCCAUUAUGACUGCAAAUCACGGGGCAAUAUAUCAGCUAAAGAUUUUGCAUUAUCCCUCGUAGCUUCGGCAGACAUUAGCCAUAUAAACAAGUUGCUUGAUCGGGUUGAUGAAUUAGACAAUGAACCACAUCUUAGAAACAUUCGGAUAACAUUUGAGGAAUUCAAAGCUUUUGGAGAACUUCGAAAGAAAUUGCAGUUCUUGUCUCUAGCCAUUUUCACUUAUGGGAAAGUGAAUGGGAUGUUAGCAAAGAAGGAUUUUCAGAGAGCUGCAUCACAGGUAUGUGGGGUGUCCAUCUCCAAUAACUUGGUGGACAUAAUAUUCCAUGUAUUUGAUGCAAAUCGUGAUGGAAGUUUAAGCUCAGAUGAGUUUGUUAGAGUUUUGCAAAGAAGAGAAUCGGAUACUUCGCAGCAUAGAGAGGCAGGCUUCAAGGGAUUAUUAUCUUGCUGGAAGAACUGUGCCUCUAAAUGCUCUUCUGUAAAGUUGCUUCUAUAGUUUUAUUUUAUAUAUAUAUAUAUAUAUAUCAUACUAAUACCCAUUUGAGCUAAAGAAAAAGGUAUACUCUUAAAUGUACACUACACUCCAAUCUUCCCAAAAUUUAUAAUAUUGUUGUACAUGACUUCAAUUUGUUAGAA